GUUAAGUUCUCAGUAGUUAGGCAAAGAUCGUCGGACCAUCCACUAUGAAAGUAUUAGUGCUUUUUGCUGUCUCUGUGAUGUUGCUGGAAUUUCCAAGCGCCCUUGGUCAAUACAAGUGUCUUUUUGGCGCCUGCAAGAGAGAGGUAGGUGCCAGAUUUUGAAUUUUCUCCUUCUCUUCUUGAUCUUUAGGGCUAGUGUUUAAUCAGGCUGCGUUAGCACUGGAGUCAGCCUAAGUGGAGAUUCGACACAAUUCUCACAUUUGGUUCUAAUACAAUUGAAAAUACUGCUGAUUAGAAAUGGUUUCAUUUACCACAUUACUAUAGGAUUUUAUCCAUAGAUGCAAACAGUAAAAUCUAUCUGAUUCACUCUGGAUGUGAAAGUUAAAGGGUUAAAAGUUUAUGUGUGCUUAGAAAAAUGGAAUUGGAAUUUUUACCGGUUUUAAAUCUCAGUAAACCUAUUUUCCAUUUGCAACCGCUCUCUUACUUCCGUCCUUGUAUUUUUUUUCAGGAAAUGGAAGACAAGCCAGCCUAUUUGCCUAAAAGCGCAGAAAUUGCCCCAUUGAAAAAUGAGUACAGACGAAACAGCCUGCGUCGAUUGUCAGAAUAUCUGAAAACUAAGCGAAACCAGUUUGACGAUGUCAUGUAGUAGUAAUAUGCUAUGAAAAUCAUGUGGAAUUUUGUUCUCUGGCAGUCAUUUUAUUUCAUGAUUACAAGAGGUAAAUUGUAUCUACUGUAAAUUUGUUUUGGUGUAACUCAAAUAAAACAUGUCAAGUCUUAACAUUCAAAAGAGUCAUGAAAUUAAAAUUUAUUUCAAGCAUCUAGUAAGGGCCGUGUACAAGAAAUUAGCAAAACGCAUUUUAAAAGAUAGAAUACUCAGCAAGCAAAUAAAUAAACAAGAAAACAACAGCAACAAAAAAUUUUAAAAUAGCUUGUGUGGCGAC